CUAAUUUAUAAUCCAUUUAUUUCACACAUUGAGAGGACUUGAUUGUGGCAGAAGGGGAGGUCAUAGUUAAAUGCUGAUAGUCACCUCUCUUUAUCAUUCACAGGAGAUUCAGCAAACCAGACAAGCUCAGUUUAAACAGGGCUUUGCUAAUUCACAACAGAACUGCCACUGAAGACUGAGAUCAGGGUUUAUUCAACAACUGGACUUGUUCCACUCUGCCAUUUUGUUCACAUCUAUCUGUAGGACAUCUUUGCAAUGGGAAAAACCUGCAGAGUCAGUACUCUGUGUGUUUUGUGUGUAAUCUUAGCCUUGGUCUCCAUAGCAACCAUUGUCACAUUGUGGACUCUUGCCCUGACAGAUCAUGGUGAUGUUACAGCUCCUUGGGACAGCUACCGUCUCUCCAUGGAUGUGAUUCCUGAGUACUACAACAUCACCUUAUGGCCUCGUCUCAGUCCUGACCCAAACAAUGGUCUCUACAUUUUCACGGGCCAGUCCACUGUGCAGUUUGAGUGUGUGAAAGAAACAAAUUUGAUACUGAUUCAUUCCAGUCAACUGAGCUACACCAGGCAAGACAACAAACACAUGGCCAGUGUCACCACUGCAGAUGAUGCAGCUGCUCUGAUUAUAGAAUCAACAUGGCUGCAGCCAGAAACACAGUAUCUGGUUAUCAACUUAAAAAGUAAAUUACGUCAAGGACAGAAGUAUCAGCUGUACACUGAGUUCACUGGAGAACUAGCUGAUGACUUGUCAGGGUUUUACAGGAGUGAGUAUGAAGAAGAUGGAUUACAAAAGAUGGUUGCCACCUCUCAGAUGCAUCCAACUUAUGCCAGGAAGACCUUUCCUUGUUUUGAUGAGCCAGCUUUGAAAGCCAUUUUCCAUAUAACGCUCAUUCACCCGCCUGGAACAGUAGCCCUUUCAAAUGGCAUGGAAAGAGAUAUUGCUAACAUCACCAUUGAUGGAGUAAGUUGGACAAAAACCAAGUUUGAACCCACCAAGAAAAUGUCCACCUAUCUGUUGGCCAUCAUUGUCUCUGACUACACAUAUAUCAAUACCACACAAAAAGACCCUCAGAUUCGUAUCUGGGCUCGAAGGAAGGCCAUUGACCUAGGACAGGGAAACUAUGCUCUCAAUGUAACUGGACCCAUACUGGACUUCUUCCAGUCAUACUAUAACAUUGCCUACCCUCUAACUAAAUCAGACCAAAUUGCUCUACCAGACUUUUAUUAUGGUGCAAUGGAGAAUUGGGGUUUGGUGACCUACAGGGAAACCAAUCUUCUUUAUGACCCUGAAACUUCCUCCAGUAGGAAUAAAGAGAAGACUGCCACCAUUAUUGCCCAUGAAUUAGCACACAUGUGGUUUGGUAACCUGGUGACCCUGCGCUGGUGGAAUGAAGUCUGGCUCAAUGAAGGCUUUGCUUCAUAUGUGGCUUACCUAGGAGCAGACCAUGCUGAGCCCACAUGGAAUGUUAGAGACCUGAUAGUACUUGACGAAAUUCAUAAAGUUUUUGCUGUCGAUGCCUUGACUUCUUCUCAUCCUCUGUCCUCUAACGAAGACAGUAUUGUCCUACCUAACCAAAUCAGUGAACAAUUUGAUGUCAUCUCAUACAGCAAGGGUGCAGCAGUGUUGAGGAUGCUUUCAGACGUUCUCUCAGAGCCAGUCUUCAUCCAGGGACUGAGUACUUACCUCAAUUACUUUGGAUACAGUAAUACAGUAGGGAAUGACUUGUGGCAUCAUCUGCAGAUGGCUGUGAAAGAAUAUAAUGGUUCACUUCCUCAUUCAGUUGAUCGAAUUAUGAGUCCCUGGGUGCUUCAGAUGGGAUUCCCUGUGGUUACUAUAAAUACAGCCAUAGGGAAAGUAUCCCAGAAGCACUUCCUGCUGGAUGCAGAUUCUAACGUCACAGUCAAAUCACCUUACAACUAUGAGUGGCUGAUUCCUAUUCGAUGGAUAAGGGGUGGUACGGUCCAGAAAGAUAUCUGGUGGCUCAUGGAAAAGGAAGUGAUAAACUUAGAAAUGAGGAGUGAUGGUUUUUGGGUACUGGCCAACAUUAAUGUAACUGGAUAUUACCGGGUAAACUAUGACUUGGGAAACUGGGAACGCCUUUUCACCCAGCUUAAUACAAAUCACAAGGUUAUACCAGUGAUAAACAGAGCACAACUUGUGGAUGAUGCAUUCAGUCUGGCCAGGUAGGUCCAUUAAGUUGCAGUUUUUCACUAAUUUCCAGUUCUAAUAAUUCUGGUGUCUUUUAUAUAUACCCACUGAUAAAAAAGUAACUAUAUAACUUUUCCUAUUUGAGACAAUGAAGUACUGACUCAAGUGCAAGCUUUAGGUUUUUACGCAGAUCUUUUCUUUUGAUGCCACCUUUUGCUUUUCAGUAACUACAUUUUCCCCCCAGACUUAGUUAAUUGCUGUUUUUCAAUUUAAAGUUUUGGAAGCUUACAUUUCUAUUAUUUAUAAUCAGGAAAUACAGAUGAUUAGUAAUGACGAAGUAAGGGCAGCUACGAAAAGUGGAAAGGAAGCUGGUGCCAUGGUCCUGGAUCUUUGAGCCAGUUUUUUUGUUGUGGACUCCUGGGCCUUUCUUUUGGAUUUCAGAGAUGAUUUAAGUUCAUGCUCAGUAUUUUUUAUUCCGAGUUUAGUAUUUCCUUGUGCUUCUGAGUUUCUUAUGUAUAUUUUCUCAGGAUGUCUUGUUUGAUUAUGUUAGUUCCUUUAAUGUCCUAGAGUCUGUGUUCUGUCCUCAAUGUAAAACCUUACAAUUCCAAAGGAACUGCAAGUAAGCCUGCAGUCUGAGAGCAAAGUGUUCUAUAGUGGCAGCAUGGGACACUAAGGACUUUAAGAUAAAAUGGGGCCUGCUCAUUCAAGACCUUUUAUGUGAGGAGAAGGAUUUUAAAUUUGAUUUUUGGAUUUAUAAAGGAGCCAAUGAAGAAAAUCCAGUAUGGGUGAAAUAUGCUCUCCCUUUCUAGACUAUGUAAGUACUCCUGCUGCAGCAUUUUGGAUCAACUGAAGGCUUUUUGUUGAGUUCUUAGGACAGCCUGAUAAAAAUGAAUUACAAUAGCCAAGCCUAGAAGUAAUCAAUGCAUGAACUAGUUUUUCAGCAUCACUUUAAAAAACACAGGAUGUUCCUAAUUUUAGAAGUUUUGCACAAAUAGAAGAAAGCAGUCCUACAUAUUUGUUUAAUAUGUGC